GGUAUUGACUGUUAUCAGACUUCACACAAAAAUCACAGCGUCCCUUUCAGGCCAAUUUUCAAAACCUUCAAAAAAGUAAUCUCGACUGUUAGGAUGGAAGGGACUGUGUUUGGUCCAGCUUUAGAAGGAAUGAAACAUGUCAAAUCUGAAGAAGGAGAGAUGCUUUCCAAGCCUUUCUUAGAUGUCUGCAAACAGAUAUUACCCGUUAUUGACAAUUUUGGAGCAGCCAUGGCACUUGUCAAAACUGAUGUUGGUGGUAAUAUAACAAGGUUGGAGAACAAAUAUUUGUCCAACCCAGCUGAAUUUCAGAACCUAUAUAGUAUGGUUCGAGUGGAGGUUGAAGCAAAGAAAGCAGAUGGCUCUUCAAGUUGCACCAAUGGUCUUCUGUGGCUAACCAGGGCAAUGGAUUUCAUAGUAGAAUUAUUCCGUAACAUAAUGGAGCAUGAAGAUUGGGCCAUGUCACAAGUUUGUUCUGAAGCCUAUACUAAAACACUGAAGAAAUACCAUGGCUGGUUAGCCAGUUCAACUUUCACGAUGGCAAUGAAGCUUGCUCCAGAUAGGAAGAAGUUCAUGGCUGUUGUGGGUGGAAAGGGUGACAUCAAGUCCGAUAUUGAAAAAUUUUGCGCUACUUUCACCCCUCUUCUUCAGGAGAAUCACAAGUUCUUGGCUAGCCUUGGUCUGGAUGAGAUGAAAGCAAAGUAAUGAGCGAUAAAGAUACUGUUUUCACUUGUUAAACUUCAUGGAGGAUGUGCUAUGCACCAGAUACCAGCUCUUAUGUGUACCUUUUUAUAUUUCACAAACUGUCAGAACUUAUAUCAACAUCUAUAUAAUCUGUUUGGUUGGUAAUGAAUUUGUUCCUGGUUAUACCCCAAA